ACUGGUGUACCUGCUGUGGUUGACCUUGCUUGCAUGAGGGAUGCUAUGAACAAGCUUGGCAGUGAUUCUAGCAAGAUUAACCCCUUGGUUCCAGUGGAUCUUGUUGUUGAUCAUUCCGUUCAGGUGGAUGUAGCAAGAUCAGAAAAUGCAGUGAAGGCAAAUAUGGAUCUUGAAUUCCAGAGGAACAAGGAGAGAUUUCCUUUUCUUAAAUGGGGAUCUACUGCUUUUCAUAACAUGCUGCUUGUUCCUCCAGGCUCUGGUAUCGUGCAUCAGGUUAACCUGGAAUACCUUGAUCGGGUUGUAUUCAACACUGAUGGCCUGCUGUACGCUGAUAGUGUGGUUGGAACUGAUUCCCAUACAACUAUGAUUGAUGGGUUAGGAGUUGCUGGAUGGGGAGUUGGAGGAAUUGAAGCAGAGGUAGCAAUGCUUGGCCAGCCCAUGAGCAUGGUAUUACCUGGUGUUGUUGGGUUCAAGUUGACCAGAAAGUUCCUAGAUGGGGUCACCACCACCGACUUAGUUUUAACUGUAACCCAAAUGUUGAGGUAUUACUUGAAUUACCUCUAA